AUGGCAACAAACCAGUGGGCAAAAUUUAAAAGUAAAGUGAAAAACAAGAGUAAAAAGAAUGAGGAUAAAUCAAAUAUCAAGGAAAACAUUAUUGUUCAGCGAUUGUCAGCUGAAGUGUCGGGUAAGGCGCAGAAAUAUACCCGUGUUGGAGCAAGGGAAUUUGUGCCUUUUAUCUAUGAUGAGAUAACAAUUCAAAACAUAAAGAAUGCUUGUAGUUCGCACUACGAGUAUGAAAGUGAUCUCAUUUGCGAUGUUCUUGCAGGAGAGCGAGGACCAUCAUGCUUGUCAGUAAAUCAAUUGCCUGACCUGAAGGUCAUUUAUGUCAGAUUUGUUGAAGGACAAGAUGAUUGUAAGGAACAGUUGAAGUCACCACCCAAGAAGAAAAUAAAAACAAAUAAUAAGAAUAGUUGCACAAGCACUGUUAAAGUUACAUCCCUAACAGACCUCACAGUCACAGCAAAAAAAACCCAGUUCAUCCCAAAAAGUUUAUCUGUGAUUGAGAUGCUAAAAUUAGGAACAUUAAUUGAUAAUACUGUUCAAUUAUUGGAUAUAUAUGAAUUCGACAUCGAUAAUAUGUGUUGGAUGCAACUGAAAAGUUUUGAAUUUAAAAUUAGCAAAAUCAGCUCCGGAGGAUUUCGGGAUGCUUUUAAGGCACAGAGUAUCAGCAAAGAAUUUGCAGGGAAAUCCUGGGUAAUUAAGAAAUAUCAACAAGAUGCCGUAACUACAAUUGCAUCUAUGAAUCAAACCCUUGAAAAACACACGAAGAAGGUUGUUCAGAUGCACCAACUGGCCAAAAAUCUGACUAAUUGCAUGAAGAGAUAA